UCUGGCCUGACUUCAUACCGGAAAGCUUUGCACAAUGAAAUAUUCUCUCGCACUUGUGUUGGUGGCUGCCAUGGUGGCAUGUGUCCUGGCGGGAGGCAGAAGCUAUGGUGGAUAUGGAGGCGGUUAUGGAGGCGGCCGUGGAGGCGGUUAUGGUGGCGGGCACGGAGGCUAUGGAGGUGGUUAUGGAGGCGGUCGCGGAGGUGGCUACGGAGGCUAUGGAGGCGGCUACGGAGGUGGCAGCGGAGGUUAUGGUGGUGGUUAUGGCGGCGGUCGCGGAGGUGGUUAG